AUGCGUCUCAGCUAUAGGACUUUUGCUCCAUUUGUUGGCGCAGUCGCGAAGAAGGUGGAACAUUACAGUCAGUUUCGACCGUCAUCGCUGUCUAUUCAGCAGUAUCUGGAUUUUGGUCGGAUAGGUACUGCAGCCACAUCAUAUACGUUCUUGAAGAAUGAACUUAUGGUCCGUCUUGCUAAUAUUAUGCAGGAGUUUUCACUACUUCCUCCAAAACUACUACAAAUGCCAAGUUCGAAAUUGGUUAGUGAAUGGUAUUGUGAAAGCUUCGAAGACCUCUUGAAAUUUGAAAAUGCUGCCCCAACAGUGGAAAAUAUCGAUGCUUUCAACGAUCAGCUUCAGCUGAUACUUAAACGACACGCACAUGUUGUUGAAACAAUGGCAGAAGGUCUAAUCGAGUUGAGGGAAACUGGUGUGGAUAUUGCUAGCGAAAAAGGAAUACAGUAUUUCCUGGACAGAUUUUACAUCAAUCGUAUUUCUAUACGUAUGCUACAAAAUCAGCAUCUUGUUGUAUUUGGAAAUGUCCUCCCGGAAAGUCCAAGACAUGUUGGCUGCAUUGAUCCAGCAUGUGAUGUUGAAAGUGUUGUCCACGAUGCUUUCGAAAACGCAAGAUUUUUAUGUGAUCAGUACUAUCUGACGAGUCCUUCUAUGAAGCUCGAACUGCACAAUGCCGUCGAGAAAGGAAGACCAAUCUCAAUUGUCGCGGUGCCGAGUCAUCUUUAUCAUAUAAUGUUUGAAUUGCUGAAGAAUGCUAUGAGAGCAACUGUGGAACACCAUGGUGUUGACGAUGACCUUCCUGAAAUCAAGGUCUUCGUUGUUAGAGGGCAUGCUGAUUUGUCAAUCAAGAUAUGCGAUCGUGGUGGUGGCGUUUCUAGAACAAUAUUAGAGCAACUUUUUAACUACAUGUAUAGUACUGCACCACCUCCACCGAGGGAUGGUACGCAGGCACCUUUGGCUGGUUAUGGGUAUGGUUUACCACUUUCUCGUCUCUAUGCUCGUUACUUCUUAGGUGAUUUGUUCCUUGUGUCAAUGGAAGGUUACGGAACAGAUGCAUGCGUUUAUUUGAAGGCUAUACCUUUGGAAGCCAGUGAAGUUCUCCCGAUCUACAGCUCAUCGUCCCGUAGGAACCUAACUAUGAGUCCUCAAGUGGCAGACUGGUCUCAUCAUGUGCCCGGUCAAGGCUUACGUCCUGGGUGA